AUGACUAUGCCUAAGGACAAGGGAUGGAAGCGCUCCCUUGCUGCGAAGAGGAGGAGGGAGGAGCAGCUUGAGGGAAAGCCUGCUUUCCCGAUAGCGGUUCACCUUCCACCUUUUUCCACCGGUGCCGAGACCUUUACCCGCCUUGGUACUGGUUCUCGCCAUUCGGUGAAGCCGUGGCCAACUUCCACCGUCACCGGGAAGUGCCACAAGUUGGACUUGCCGCCGGACUUGUCCUCCGACAAGAAGUUCGUUCUGAUUGUCGGGAACUCGCAUCUUCGUGCUGUCGUUGAUGCCAUCGUGCCGAUGCCAGAGGGCUGCCUGUCCUUUGCCAUCAGUGCGACUCCCGGAGGUUCUGCCCGUGACCUUCGGAUGCAGCUGGCGGCUAUGACGGCUAAGCACCUACCCAAAGAGCCCGCUUUGGUGUGUGUCAUGGCGCCGUGCAACAACCUCACGGCCAGCAGGACGGUUGACGAGGCUGCAGAGGAGUUUGGCCAACUCCUCAGGUAUGUCUGCGGCCGCUGGCCAAAGGUGUGUGUCGUGGAUUUCCCACCUCGCCUUGCUGGCAGCGUGGAAAUUCAGACCCUCCUUCGCCAGGAGUACCACCGUGUGUCAGCCCGCUUUCAGGUCAACUUUGUCCAGAUAGCCGACCACUUUCCCCGACACCGACGAGAGCUGUGGUGCAGGGAUGGCAUCCACCUGAGUGAUGACGCUGGGAUGGGAAUCCUUGUUCAGUUGCUGUGGCAGGCUUGCUACACGCAGCUAGAGGUCUCUUCCCCCGCUUCCUCUGUGGCGGCGCCCCGCCCUCGCACAUCCACCAGAAGGGUCUCGCCAAGAGUGGUUGUGACGGGACCGCUGCCCGUGCCACGACCACCCCCUCCUGAGUGGAUUCCCAUUGUGCGGGGCAGAAAGAACCAGCCUAGGGACUCGGCCUUCCCUGUGGGUCCCAAGGGGCGCCUGGUUCAACGGGAGGUGGAGACCGUCUUCUCCAUCCCCCUGUCGCCCGUCCUCUUCAGCCCUGCUAUGCUGGUCGAGAUGGAUGCGAGGUUUCCAUUUGGCCUGACCAGCUCUGUGGAGGACGUGGCCACCUUUCCUUCGGGAAAGAAGACGUCUCGGGCGAGGCGUCGCAAGGCUGCUUCCUCAAAGAAACGCCAGCCCAAGCGGCAGGCGGAGGCAGUUGUGGUAGAGGUGACACCAGGAUCGUCCCCUACCAGCGUGGCCAUCCUGGAUUCGUUCCUGGAGGACCAGGCGGAGGCAGUUGUGGUGGAGGUGACACCAGGAACGUCCCCUACCAGCGUCGUCAUCCUGGAUACUUUCCUGGAGGACGAGUCCGGAGAUGUGGAAGUGACUCCAGGAACGUCACUUGCCAGUUCCAGGGACCAAAUGCAGAUGUUGAUGGAUGAGGCCAUGGACAUCAGCCCUCCUGUGACCCCGCCGCUGCCGCCUCUGACCUGUCCUCUUCUGACCUGUCAACCUUCUUCUUCUGUGACCAGUCAGCCUUCUCUUCUCAGCCCUCCACCAGCUGUCCAAGAGGAGAGAGCUUCUGACAAAGAUAAGUCUUGUGCACAUGUUGUACCCGUCGGUAUUCCUUCUGUCGUUAGGGGUAGUUUUCAUCAGGGUGAUUUUAGGUUCGAGUAUGCAGGUGUACAGUGUAUGGCGAUAGCUUUGGUAGCUUUAGCUAAGCACUCGGUGUGUAAUGUGUUUUCAUGGGAUCAGAGGCAGUUAGAUUUGGUUUUGAAUCUUGGGGAUGCACUGUACACAGAUAGGCGGAAUCGGGGCUUGACUCAUGGGCGUGACUUGUUAAUUGCUUCAGACCUGCCACGUGAGUCAGUUAUAGAUGGGCAGCAGUUUAGCUUUUCUUUCAGUCAGCCAGUUAAUGGGGCUGCAAAUGUUGUUGAGCAUGAGUUUAUUGAGGUGGGCGCGUGGGUAACCUUAGAUGGUGCUUUAGAGCAAAUGUUGGCACAGUACAACACAUGUCUUAUGACACUCUGUGGUGCUGCUUGUGCCGUUAUUAAAGACAAUGGGCGGUAUGCUGUGGUGGACUCUCACUCGCGUAGUGCUGAAGGGUUGGUAGAUCCUGAUGGUAAAAGUGUGGUAAUGUAUUUUAGUCAUAUUGAUGAGCUGUAUAGUUUUUUUUGCACAUUGGCUGCGUGUUAUGGUGAUGACUCAGAUGAGUCUGUCAAAGAGUUUGAAUUGACUGGUGUUGAUGUUGUUGUUGCAGCUGAUUGUGUGAGGGGCUUAAAGUGCCAAGAGGCCGCAGAGGUUUCUUCUUCUGUACUCCCUGAUAAAAACCCAAAGCAGGACAUUGAAGUUGUUGUAUCUGAUAGUGUGAGGGGCUUAAAGCGCCAAGAGGCCACAGAAGUUUCUUCUUCUGUACCCCUAAACAAAACGACAGAAGACACUGUUGUUGAUGUAGAUGUGCUGUGCACCAGUGUUCAAGACAAUGCUCUGUUCUUCAAUCCACUUAGUGAAAGUGUUUGUAAGGAUUUGUGCAAACACAUUAAAGUCGAGUUUCAGAAGCCCAGUGUAGCAGAUCCUAAAACUGUAGGGCCUCUAGGUGCCCCGUGUCAAAAUGACAAAAUCGUUGCGGACGCUGCCAGCAUCCACAAAUAUAAAGUUAAUGUAAAACAUAAAGAAAAUGUAAAAGCAGCCAGUAAACAUAAGUACAAAGCAAAUCCCCAACAUCAACAAAAAGUAAAAGCAUUUGGCAAACAAAAAUAUUGCAAUAAUGAACAAUUUAAAAAGAAAACUCGGGCAGCAUUCAGGAACAACCAAAAGCAAUUGAAACAAAAAUGGGAAAAUUUCACUUAUGUUUUGGAACAAUUUUUAAACGAAGAUCAAGAUGGUCCAGAGUACAUUUGCUGUGUGUGUUUAAAGCUGUUAUUUAGAAACCAGGUCUUGCCUUGUAGAAAGGAUGACUUUAUGGUUAAACCAAAAUGUGCCAAUAUUGCUAAUACCUGUAUCUCUGAGGCCUAUUUACAUGCGUGCAAUAGUGAUUGUCCAUCUCCGUGCCCCCUCUCCAAUUGUAGAGGUAGUUUAUGGAUCUGCUACACAUGCAACUCUAAACUGUGUAAAGGUCAAAUGCCAUCUGAAUGCUCAGAGAAUAAUUUGCAAUUGGACGAUAUUCCACCUGAGCUCGCUUGCUUGAACACUAUUGAACAGCACAUAGUUGCUCUUAACAUUAAUUUCAUGCAAGUUUUAGCUUUACCAAAGGGGGGUCAGCGAGGGAUCCAUGGUCCGGUCACAUGUGUGCCUUCAAGAGUUACCGAGUCAGUGAAGCUAUUGCCGCGUAGUAACAUGGAUGGUUGUCUAUUGCCAGUAAAACUUAAACGUAAACUUACUUAUAAAGGACAUUAUGAGUAUCAGUAUGUAGAUACAGAGCGCGUACGGAGGGCCAUUGGAUUUCUGAAACAAAACAAUCAGUAUUAUUUAGAUAUUGAUUUUAAUGAAGAAUGGGUAAACGAGUUUGUUAGGGAAGAAGAAGCAGCUAUGGAUACAGGUGCAGAUGUUAAUGUGGACGCAGAGAAACGGGCAGAACAGGAGCAGGUGGAAGAUUUAGAUGAUGAGCUUCUGCAUGAUAGGCAACGUCAUUGUAUGUAUCAAGAUACGUUUUUCAUGCCGGUUGAUAUCGCUCAGGAAGCUCUUGAUCACUAUUUUGAGGGUAUUUUAAAUUUGGCUCCGGCUGAGGGGAACAGUCCGGUUAGUUUGUUGUCCGAUAAAGACAAUGAGGCUAAAUGCUUUCCAAAGGAGUUUCCAUUAGGUCGUAAUACGUUUCAUAGUCCUCGGCCUGUUCCUUUGACCAUGUGCAGAUAUUUCAUUAACAGACUGCUGCAUGUGGAUGGUAGAUUUGCACAAAAUUUUAAGUUUCUUUUCUUGGCAUUGUACAUGUUAGAAGUCCAGCAGGUUGUAUCUAAAGUGUCGAUUGCGUUGCGAAAGGGACAUUCUGGUCAGGCCAAUGCUGCUGCAGGUGAAGGAACUUUAGAAAAUUUGUUACAAUAUGAUAAUGGUUAUCGUUUUAUGCAGCCUAUUAGAGGUACCCCGCCCUUCUGGCAGACUGCACAAAAAGAUUUAUUUGCGUGUAUUCGUCAGCUUGGUAUUCCAACGUGGUUUUGUUCGUUCAGUUCUGCAGAUCUCCGCUGGCCAAGCCUCCUUAAAACGCUCUUAAAGCAGGAAGGUAGUACCCGGAGGGUUGAAGAUUUAGAUUGGGCAGAGAGGUGUGACCUUUUACGUCGUCACCCUGUAACUGCGGCUCGCAUGUUUGACUCCCGUUGGCACCGAUUUUUACGUAAAGUUAUUCUUUCACCCGCUCAGCCAAUCGGUAAAGUCAUAGACUAUUUUUAUCGGGUAGAAUUCCAACAGCGCGGGUCUCCCCACGUCCAUUGUUUAUUUUGGAUUGAAAAUGCUCCAAAGCUUGGAGUAAAUACGGAUGAGGAGGUGGUUCAGUUUGUUGAUAAAUAUGUUACGUGUGAACUACCCUCUGAUCCGGAUUUACUGGAAAAAGUUACUUCGGUGCAGCAGCAUUCUAAGCGUCACUCAAAAACAUGCAAAAAAAACAACAAAGUCUGUCGUUUUAAUUUUCCACGUCCGGUAUCUGCACGCACGUUUAUCAAACAGAAGGACCCCGAAUCAGAGCCUCUUGUUACAAAAGAGGAAGCAGAGUUUAUUAUGAGCGUGCUGAAGAAUGCUAUCGUUGAUGAAAAUAACCUGUGUCUUAGUGCAGUUGAGUUGUUUGCGUCUUUGGGUUUAUCGCAGUUCACAUUUGAACAAGUGUACAGUGUUUUAGAUGGGCACACACACAUAGUUUUAAAGAGGGAUGUGGCUGAGGCCUGGAUUAAUAACUACAACGAGAAAUUAUUAACCUGCUGGAACGCCAAUAUGGACAUCCAGUAUGUUGUAGAUGCGUGGGCUUGUGUCGUUUACAUUAUUUCAUAUAUUUCUAAAGCAGAGAGGGACAUGGGUUUAUUGUUAAGUAAUGCACAAAAAGAGGCUUCCAAAGGUAAUGUAAGUGCAAAAGAGGCAUUUAAAAAAUUAGGCAGCGUGUAUCUUCAUAAUCGUGAUGUCUCUGCACAGGAAGCUGUCUACCGCGUGACAAACAUGCACUUAAAAGAAUUUUCAAGAAAAGUUACAUUUGUGCCGACCGGUGAUAAUAUAGUGCGUAUGAGCAAACCAAUUGGUGAAAUAGAUGAUGAAAUGGGGGAAGACAUUUGGAUGACAAACACCAUUGAUCGUUAUUUAAAUAGACCAAAUGACAGCACAUUUAAUGACAUGUGCAUCGCGACAUUCGUAUCCGAAUAUCGCUUGCUCGGGCCGUCGGACAAAUGUAAAAAUCCAAUUAUUUUACUGAACGGAUUGGGUGCGAUUACUAAAAGAACACGGACCAAGCCCGCAGUUGUUAGAUAUGCGCGUUUUUCUGAGACUAAAAACACAGAGUUAUUUCAUCAAAGUAUCCUUCAGUUAUUCAUGCCGUAUCGCGUUGAUGUCGACCUUAAGCCACCUCCAUUUGAAUCAUUUGAACUUUUCUAUAAAACUGGGGAUGUGUGUUUGAGUGACGGGUCUGUGCAAUUGGUAAAGUCAAUAGUUGAUUCAAAUAGGCGUCGAUUCGAACUUGCAGCUGAGGACUUGGAUGAGGUUCAUGAGCAGAUGGAAUCUGGAGAGAUUCAUGAGGAUGCAUGGGGCUUGCUCUGCCCAGAACAGGAAGUGGAGAGGUUGGAGUCGAGGGAGGAGUUCAGAGAGAUGUUGCAGGCUGUUGGUUCUGAGCAGGAGCAAGAGGCUAUUCCAGACUUGGCUGUAAGAAACGAACAAGUUGGUAACAUAGAGAAAAGAAAUGUGAUGAGUCGUCAAGAGGGUCUUUUACUUGUGAAAACUCUGAAUGAGCAACAGCUGUCCAUUUUUUAUAAAAUACGGCAAUGGUGUUUAGACAAAGUAGCUGGUAACAACCCAGAGCCAUUGCAUGUUUUUAUCACAGGUGGAGCAGGCACAGGGAAAAGUCACCUGAUCAGAGCAAUUCAAUACGAGGCGUCGCGUCUAUUUGGUCCGAUUUGUCAUAGUCCGGAAAAUGUUAGUGUUUUGUUAACGGCUCCAACAGGGAUAGCAGCAUAUAAUUUACAGGCGGCUACUAUCCACACAACAUUUAGUAUUGGUACUAAUGUUUCCCUCCCCUACACACCACUGGGGGAGGAAAAGAUUAAUACACUGCGCGUUAAAUACAUGGAUUUACAAAUUGUAAUAAUUGAUGAAAUAUCCAUGGUAGAUAAAAAGUUAUUUACUUAUAUUCAUGGGCGAUUGCGUCAAAUCAAACAAUCAGGUGACUUUUCUCCAUUUGGAAAUGUGUCUGUUGUCGCUGUUGGGGAUUUCUAUCAAUUAUCACCGGUCAUGGGUCAAGCUCUGUACAAAGAAAACAUAGGUGUUAAUUUAUUUACAGAUUUAUUCAAAAUUGCAGAUUUAAGAACUGUAGUCAGACAAAAAGAUAACACUUUUGCAGAGCUAUUAAAUCGGCUUAGAGUCCGCUCAAGGUUGACACCACUGCUUGAUGGAGACAUAGAUAUAUUAAAACAUUGUGAAACAGGCGAAGAUCCCGAUGUGUUACACAUUUUCACCAAAAACAGCUUUGUAUCAAAUUACAAUUUAAAGAUAUUGAAUAGAGUUUGUCCAGAAAAAGUAACAAUCAGUGCGCGUGAUUUUGGCUAUGACAAAAAGACCGGGAAGUUAAUCGAGAUACAAGGCCAUCUCCAUAAAUCCAAACAAGCCAGUUUGGAGGAGUCAUUAAUCUUGGGUGUAAAUGCGCGUGUAAUGCUCUGUAAAAAUGUAGAUUUAUCUGAUGGUUUAGUAAAUGGGGUAUGUGGCAUUAUUACACAUAUAGUUCAAAAUCCACAGACAAAACAGCCUCCUCUUGCAAUCUAUGUUAAAUUUGACGACGAUCGAGUAGGCGCACAGAAGAGGAGGCAAACACGUACCCCUGCUCACCUGACUGGUUCUACUCGCAUAGAACCAGAGGAGGAGCAGGCGAAUAAACGAGGGGAAAAGCGGCGUCAGUUUCCUCUUAAACUCGCGUGGGCGUGUACAGUACAUAAAGUACAGGGUGUUACUGUAGAUCAAGCAGUGGUGUCCCUUAAACAGGUAUUCACGGCGGGUCAGGCGUAUGUGGCCCUUAGUCGCGUUAGGAGUUUAGAAGGUCUUGUCAUUCAGGACUUUGAUGAAGAUGCCAUUUAUUGUAAUGAUGGCAUUAGAACGGCGCUUCAGAACAUGCCUCCCUUCAUAGUCUCGAGUAUGCCCUGGCACCUACAAGAGGCACAUGUCCUGACAUUUUUUUAUAUGAAUGUUCAUGGUUUAGAACGGCAUGUGUCCGAUUUGGCUUUAUGCACACAGCACUGGCAGCCUAACUGUAUCGCUGUGGUAGAGACAUGGUUAACUGUAAAUUCAUCUUUUCAAACUAGUCACAUUGAAGGUUUUAACUUCCACAGUCGUCCCCGUAGUUUAUCUUAUCAGCAGAGUAACCAUCCAGCACUGACUAGUUUACUGGGCAAAGCGCACGGCGGCGUUGGUAUUUACUGUGAAGCAAACCUUAACUAUGAAAUCACAGUACGAGAUUUUAGUUUAGAAUGUUUAGUGAAUUAUUUUGCAGAGUAUAAAAUUAUAGUUUCUGUCAUUUACCGUCCACCGUCAUACCCCAUGUCUCUAUUUAAGUAUAAUUUGGACAGAUUAUUGAAUUGGCUUGAAUCACAUUGUGCCACUGUGGCAGUGACGGGAGAUUUUAAUGAUGACAUAUUGAAAUCUUCAAAUCUCUGCAAUUUUAUGAUAGAAAAAGGUUAUGUUCAAUAUGUCACAUCUCCCACAACAGAGAGGGGGACAUUAAUUGAUCAUUUAUAUGUUAAAUCUACAGAGUAUGACAUAGAUUCUGUAGUGGUGCCAACGUACUUCAGCGACCAUGAGGGGAUAGUAUUUUCUUUUAAGGGUAGAUCUUCGUAG